AUGGACUACUCCUACCUCAAUUCGUACGACUCGUGCGUGGCGGCCAUGGAGGCGUCCGCCUACGGCGACUUCGGCGCCUGCAGCCAGCCCGGCGGCUUCCAAUACAGCCCCCUGCGACCCGCCUUCCCCGCGGCUGGGCCGCCCUGCCCCGCGCUCGGCUCCUCUAACUGCGCGCUCGGCGCUCUACGCGACCACCAGCCUGCGCCUUACUCGGCAGUGCCCUACAAGUUCUUCCCGGAGCCGUCGGGCCUGCAUGAGAAGCGGAAGCAGCGGCGCAUCCGUACCACGUUCACCAGUGCACAGCUCAAGGAGCUGGAGCGCGUCUUCGCAGAGACUCACUACCCUGACAUUUACACACGCGAGGAGCUGGCGCUCAAGAUCGACCUGACUGAGGCUCGCGUGCAGGUCUGGUUCCAGAACCGCCGGGCCAAGUUCCGCAAACAGGAGCGUGCGGCCAGCGCCAAGGGUGCGGCGGGCGCGGCGGGCGCCAAAAAGGGCGAGGCGCGCUGCUCGUCCGAGGACGACGACUCCAAGGAGUCCACGUGCAGCCCCACGCCCGACAGCACCGCGUCGCUGCCCCCGCCGCCCGCCCCCGGCCUGGCCAGCCCGCGUCUGAGCCCCAGCCCGCUGCCUGCCGCCCUGGGCUCCGGGCCCGGCCCUGGCCCCGGGUCCCAGCCGCUCAAGGGCCCGCUGUGGGCGGGCGUGGCGGGCGGCGGGGGCGGCGGGCCGGGCGCGGGCGCGGCGGAGCUGCUGAAGGCCUGGCAGCCGGCGGAACCCGGGCCCGGGCCCUUCUCCGGGGUUCUGUCCUCCUUCCACCGGAAGCCUGGCCCGGCCCUGAAGACCAAUCUCUUCUAGCCGCCGGACUCUGGAGGUGCCGGGCCUGCCCCCCAGAGAUGCCCCUGCCCCUCAGGACCUGACAGGGUCCCGCCCCAUCCGGGCGCCCGCCUGGAAGUGCCCACCUGCCCCACCCCCUACCGUGUCCCACUCCUAAGUGUGCCCUCCCCAGCUUCGGAGACCGGAGACCGAGUCAGGGCCUCUCGUCCUCACCUACCGCCCCCAGCAGAAUGGGGUACUUUCACCGGGGAGCCCCCCCUCCCAGCUUGGCUUUCUUUUGAAACCGGGAUCAAAUAACCCCGCUGGAACUUGAGGGUCCUCAAGCAGAGCAGCAGCCCGGCUCCCUCCCCUGGCUCUGCAGCUGGCUGGCUCACUCUUCACCCUAGCGACCAGCCCGCUGCCCCAGCCCUCCAGUCCACCCGCACUGGUCACCGUUGGGAUAAUAAGACGCCCGAAAGGGUCUCACUGCCAAUUUAUCCCCUCCCGUUUCCAGCCGGUCUGGCGCAGAGGUUAGGCCUGUUCAGAGAAGAGGGGCUGGC